GAUUCUCUCUUCUGUUCUCUCUUCUGGCUGCCAUUAUCAGUCGAACACAUUUUUUGUCCUUUUUGUGAAAGUCUUGAUAACACCAUCAUGGAGUUUUUUUUUUUUUUCAACAAAAUAAUUUGCUAUACUUUCCCAUUCACCGUGCUCUAAGUUUACCCAACAGUGACAACCUCCGCUGCUGAGAAACCCAGAAAUCUGAAAAGGGUCCAUUAACAUACAGUUAAGGAAGGGAUUCCAAGCGCAAGAUGUGGAAAAAUCAGAAAACAUUUUACACUUCCUCCUCUUGGAUCUCCUCAGUUCAUUGGACAUUUUCAGAAAAAGGAGCGUUAAACUAGAAAGAGCAGUAUUACUACAGUCACAUCGAUAUGGCGACAGUAGUUGUGCAGCAGGUUCCCACUAAACCUCAGGAAACUGUCUGGAAUUCAGGAAUAUGUGACUGUUUCCAGGACUUAAACUCUUGCUGCUAUGCAUACUGGUGCUGUCCAUGUUUUGCCUGCUCCACUGCUGGUGAGUUUGGGGAGAGCACCUGUCUGCCUCUGGUGGAUAUACUGGGACCUGCUGUCAUGGCCAGUUUUGGAAUUGCAUUUUGCGUGCCACCUGUGACUAUGUCUAUGAGAGUGGCAAUUCGACACAAAUAUAACAUCAGGGGCAGUAUCUGCGAUGAUAUCGCCGUGUCUUGCUGCUGUGUUAUGUGCUCAUGGUGUCAGAUGAACAGAGAGAUCAAAGCACGCAAAAAGGCACCAAACAUGAUAUUGGCCACACAACCACUGGUUCAACAAUCAACCACCACAACACAAGUGAUCACUUCACAGCAGACGGUUGGAAUGUCCGGAGCUCCUGCAGUCCAGAUGGUGCCAGGUCAACCUGUUAUCACCACAGUUGUUCAAUAGAAAGUCAUACUCAGGUGUGCAUUACACCUAAAUAAUACGCAAUGCUUUUAGAUUGAUAUCACGAUAUCUAAUCUGCUUAAUCAAAAUAUAAGACGUAUAAAUUGCUUGGGUGAAUUUGAAUAGGAAAUGUCUUGGUAUUGUUUACUCUUUGAGAUUUUUCUACGAUUGAGUAUGGUAAUCAGAAAUAUUCUAAUGAUUUAAUAUUCAAUUAAUAAAAAAAUACAUCUAAGUAAAUAUUAUAAUAGAAAUCUCCUGUCAUGGGUCUUUGUUACAUAUCUUGUCUGUGUUGUCCUUGCUCAGUGUGUCCAUGUUUAUUUUGUGUCUGAACACAUGGCUUAGCCUGUGUUUGUGUCUGCCAUGUGCUCCUCCAUUCCUCCCUCCUUUUUUCCAGCUGCCACGCCCCCUUGUUUAUCCCUUAUCUAGUUCUUGUUAGUCUGUCUCUCCACCUGGUCCUCAAGUUUUUUCCUCCCUUUAUAUUGUGCUCUCUUCCCACAUGUCUUGGCCUGUUCAUUGUUGCUUGUUUGAGACUGUGCUUCUCUUUCAGUCUGUGCUGUGUGUUUGCUGUGCUUUGUCAUGUUUGUUCCUGUACCCUAUCCAGUUUAGCCUUUAUCUAGUAUCCUUGUUUAGUAGCUUAAGUGUUUAGUUUCUUUCACUGAUUUCAUUUCUUCCUUUUUUCUCUUAGCUUUUUAAUUCCAACAGUUUUAGUAUUCCUUUUUUUGUUUUGUUAUUUUAGUUUUUGUUGUGUUUUUGUUUAGUUGCCCCUGUCUGUCUGUUUUGUGCUUGUCUCUGUUCUUCAUUUUUGUCCAACCCUGCCCACUGCUCAGUCUCCUUCCAGCGUUCUGUGGCUUAUGACUGCAUUAUCCGGGACUCAUCAACACUACCCAAUACAUCACCCAUUGAUCUCCACCUAAUCCCUAUUACAUUGUCACAUUUGUCAAUAAACACCCCCUGCACUCA